AUGAGAGGAGAAGACUGGACAGCAGCUAUCUCUGCUGCCUUCAAGAGAGGAGACGAUCGUGCUGCUGCAUCGCUUCUUGAGUCCCUCCUUCAAGCUCUUCAGCAGCAGCAGCAGCAGCAGCAGCAGCAGCAGCAGCAGCAGCAGCAGCAGCAGCAGCAGCAGCAGCAGCAGCAAAGUGUUUCUUUUCUUGUUCCUUUAGAGGCCUUAGUGUCGCCAUUAAAGUUUGCUGCAGACGUUCUUGAAGCAGCAGCUGCGCCUGCAGCAGCAACAGCAGCAAAUGCAGCAGCAGCUGCGCCUGCAGCAGCAACAGCAGCAAAUGCAGCAGCAGCUGCGCCUGCAGCAGCAACAGCAGCAAAUGCAGCAGCAGCUGCUACUGCUUCCUGUUGCUGCUGCUGCUGCUACUGUGGGGUGAGUCCCUGCUGCUGCUACUGUUCCCUUAGCCCAUCGGGGGGUCCCAGAGGUGCAGCAUCUGCUGCUGCUGCUGGUGCUGCUGCUGCUGGUGCUGCUGCUGCUGCUGCUGCUGCUGGUCCGGUGCAUCUCUUGAAUCCUCUCCUUAACUGCUCAAUUGCAGCAGCAGCAGAGGUCCUGAAGCAGCAGCAGCAGCAGAUACAGGUGCUGCAGCAAGCAGCAGAAGAUGCCUUUGGGCAGCGGCAGCAGCAGCAGCAGCAGCAGCAGCAGGCAGCAACGAGCAGUUGUGUACAAUGUGCAGCCUUCUUGCAUCGUAUCCUUGUUGCUGUAAGACGGCUUGCUGCUGUUGCUGCUGCUGCUGUUGCUGCUGCUGAUGAUGGUAGGCAGCAACGGACAGCAGCAGCUGACUGCUUCUGCUGUUGUAGCAACCAGCAGCAGCCUUGCAGCAAUGGAGGCAAAGGCAGCAGCAAACUUGCUGCUGAGGAGCUGCUGCUGCUGAUGCCUGAUCUGCUGCUGCUGCUGGAGACAUCUGCUCUUGCUGCUGCCUUUCUGCCUGCUGCUGCUGCUGCUGCAGUUGCUUUGUUGCAGUGCCUGCUGCAGCUGCAACAACGCCAUUUCACUGACCUCCAGGACCAGCAGCGGCAGCAGCAACAGCAGCAGCAGCAGCAGCAACAGCAGCAGCAGCAGCAGCAACAGCAGCAGCAGCAACAACAGCAGCAGCAGCAGCAACAGGAGCAGCAGCAGCAGCAGGCAGCAAUGGAGAUGGAGCUGCUGCGCUGUGGCGUCAAAGCUCGUCGGACAGGUUUGCGUCUUCUGUUGCUGCUGCUAGGUGCUGCUGCUGUUGCUGAAGAGCAAACGCCGCAGCAGCAGCAGCACUGGCUGCUGCUGCAGCAGCAGAAGAAGGCUGCAACGGGAGACACUAGGGCAGCAAACAGCAGCAGCUGCUGCCUAUGCGCCUCGCCGCUUCACAUGAGCCAGCAGCUGCUGCUGCUGUUGCUGCAGCUCUCCGUAGCAACUGCUCUAACGAAGGCGCAGCGGCAGCAGCAGCGGCAAGAGCUGCAGCAGCAACAGCAGCAGCAGCAGCAGCAGCAGCAGCAGCAGCAGGAUAGCAUAGCUGGUGUACUGUGGGGAGUUCCCUUGCUGACAGAAGUGUCUUUGCUGUCCCGCCGCUUCUGCAGCCUAAUAAAGGCAGCAGCAGCAGCAGCAGCUACACAUACAGCAGCAGCAGCAGCAGCAGCAGUUGCUGCUGCUGCUGCUGCAACACAUGACAGUAUGGGGGAAGAUAUGCAUUUCUUUAGGCCCCCCUGUGGCACUGGAUAUCCCUCCAGCAGCAGCUUGCUGCCGCAGCAGCAGAAGCAGCAGCAACAGCAGCAGCAGCUGCUGCUGCAGCGGUGGCAGCAAGGCAUAGAAGGGCAGGCAGCGCGGCUGCUCGAUUGUAUCAUGGAGAUUUGCUGCCUCUAUACUGCUGCUGCUCGUACACCUGACAAGCAGCAGCAGCAGCAGCAGCAGCAGCAGGUCCUGUUGCAACGACCCGGAGGAGUACAAGAACUGCAGCAGCAGGCGUGCUUUAGCUGCUCCUGCUGCAGCACGACGUUAGCAGCAGCAGCAAUAUAUUUUUGCUGCAGUGCUGCUGCUGCAGUGUCUCCUUUUGCUGCUGCUAAGGAGACAGCAGCAGCAGCAAAUAAAUUAAUUGUCUCCCUAAGACAUCCUCCCUUCCUCUCUCUCCUCUUACGCAGGCUAGCAGCAAUCAAGUGCCUCCUACAAGACACCAGCAGCAGCAGCAGCAACAGCAGCAGCAGCAACAGCAGCAGCAGCAGCAGCAGCAGGUGUGUAUGGGGCGCAGCUAACGGGCUGUGUGUGUAUGCUGUUUCUUUGUCUCUUGUUGAGGUAUUAAAGCAGCAGAAUGAGCAGCAGCAGCAGCAGCAGCAACAGCAGCAGCAGCAGCAACUGACCCAGGAGCUCGCCGAUGGCUUCGAGAGAUUCGUGCUGCUGCCAAUGCUGCUGGCGCUGCAGCAGCAGCAGCAACAGCAGCAACAGCAGACGCCGCUGCAGCAGACUCCGUCUGGACAGCUAGCACAUACGACACCUCGUACUGCUGCUGCUGCCCCUGCUGCUGCUGCUGCCCCUGCUGCUGCUGCUGCUGCUGCUGCUGCUGCUCGUGCCUGUCGCCUAAUACUCCAUUCUCCGCUUCCUCCUCUGUUAGGAUCAGCAGCAAAGUAUGUGGGGUUUGCUGCUGCAGCAGAGCUAACUGCUGCUGCAGCAGAACCUGCAGCAGCAGCAGCAGCAACUGCUGCUGCUGGAGAAGAGCAGCAUAGAGGUAGUGGCAGCAGCUUCUGCUCCCGACUAUACUGGUGGUGCAGCUGCUUGCAUGCAGCGUGGAUCCCUGCUGCAGCAGCUGCUGCUGCAAGACCUAUAACAGCAGCUAUUCCUCCUGCUGCUGCUGCUGCUGCAUCACCAGCUGCAGAGGAAGCUAUAUUGCUGCUGCGGCUGUCUGCUUUGUUUGCUGCUGCAUCUCUGCGUGUAUGUGCUCAAUCCUUGCCCCUUGUCUUGCUACCAGGGAAGCAGCAGCAGCAGCAACAGCAGCACCAGCAGCAACAGCAGCAAAAGUGGAUUUAUAUCAUUGGUUCUGCUGUGUACGUACACCUAGCGGUGCCUGCAGAAGCAGCAGCAGAUGCAGCAGCACUGCUGCCGUUGCUGCUGCUGCGAGCAGCAGAUGUUUUUCCUUAUACUGUAUUCUUAAGGAAAAUACUCGGCAGUCUUGCUGCUGCAGCAGGCAGCGGCGCAUGCAUGCAGCAUGCACUCAUGGCCUUCAGCAGCAGCACCAGCAACAGCAACAGCAGCAGCGGACUAAUGGAGCAGCUGCAGCAGCUGCCUGCUUGGGAUAAUCGAGGCCCCGCAGCAGUAGCACCAACAGCAGCAGCAGCAGCAGCAGCAGCAGCACAGUGUGCUAUCCAUCGCCUUACGUUGCUGCUACAAACUUUGGCUAAUCCGCCGCAGCCGCUGCUGCUGCUGCUGAACGAAGCAGCAGCACAGCAGCAGCUGCUGCUGCUGCUUGCAAGGGCGUUGCAGCUAGCAGCAACACCAAAGGCAUCUGACGCGUUUGCUGCUGCAGUGCAUUGCUGCUGCUGCUGCUGCUGCAGCUAUUGCCUUUCCGCAGCAGCAGUCACUGGUAUAUCCUUAGCAAACCCAUCAAACAGCAGCAGCAACAGCAGCAGCAGCAGCAGCAGCAGCAAAGGCAUGUUGUGCUGCAUGCUGCGCUUAGCCUUAGGCCAGCCUAACCGCUGCAGCCGCCUUACCCAGUGGUCCCCACCCUCCAUCAGCAGCAGCAGCACAGCAGCAGCAGCAGCAACAAAUGCAGCAGCAGCAACAGCAGGAGAUGGGGAUCAACACGGUAGGCAUGCAAUAGAUGGCAUAGGCAUUAUCAAGGAGCAGCAGCAGCAGCAGCAGCAGCAACAGCAGCAAGGAAAAAUGCAGCAGCAGCGGCUGCUGCAGCAAAAGUGGCAGCAACUGCAGCAAACCCUCUGCAAUGCUGCUGCUUCGUUGCUGCUGCAGUUCUGUCUUGUAGGAGGGACGCAAGGGUGA